UUGUGGGUGAGCAAACACGCAGCGAGGCCAAACACUGGGUGUUUCACUGGUGCAUUCAGCACAGCACAGCGCAGCAGUUCAGUUCAGCUCGGUAGUGGAAGAGGAAUUGUCAUUUGCUAAAAUAGCGAACCCGAAAGGUCAUCUUAAUCGAGUCAAAGAAAGAAAGCCAACCGAAGGGGCAAGGGGCUGCUGAAAAUUCAAGGGCGAACCAACUAACACGCCAGCGUGGGUGUGCUUGUGAGUGUGUGCGUCGCGUGUUUGUCUGUGUACGUUUGUGGUGACACCGUGUGUGCGGGUCCGCCUGGUUGGUCGUCGUUCGGAGUGGCAAAUCAAUCGGGGCAAAGCAUUAAUUGAAAUGGAUAUCGGUGGAGCGUACGGUGGUGGUAAAGCGGGUGGUGCCUUCGAUCCAAUUGCGUUCGUGCAGCGACCGAUCGUCAUUUUGCGCGCCGUUUGCUGGCUGUUUGCGAUCAUCGUGUUCGGGUGCAUAUCAUCGGAGGGCUGGCGGGAGGAGUCGAAUGGCAAGGAGUACUGCAUAAUUAAUCGCGAUGGCAAUGCCUGUAACUAUGCGGUCGGUAUCGGGGUGAUCGCCUUCCUCGCCUCGAUGGGCUUCAUCGCCGGCGAGUAUCUGUUCGAGCAGAUGUCCUCGGUGAAGACGAGAAAGCACUACGUGCUGGCCGAUCUGGGUUUCUCCGCAUUCUGGUCGUUCCUGUUCUUCAUCGGCUUCUGCUAUCUCACCAAUCAGUGGGGCAAGGCGGAUGAUCCACCGAACGGGGAGGGUGUGAACAAUGUGCAGGCUUCCAUCGUGUUCUCGUUCUUCUCGAUUUUCACCUGGGCCGGCUGUGCAUACUUUGCGUUCCUGCGCUUCAAGGCGGGCGUCGAUCCGUCCUUCUCGUCGACCUACGAGUCGGAUCCGAGUGCCGCCCAGCAGUACUCGGCCUACCCUGCAUCCAACGAUAACGAUCAGUUCCAGGAGGCUCCAUUUUCCGGUCAACAGCAGCAGCAGCAGCAGCAACAACAGCGAGCAGACUACUCGCAACCAACAUACUAAACUGGAUGCUGCGAGCGGGGCUUGAGCCGGCAUGGUGAUUGGUGUUAUCAUUUUUUUUUCUAACGAACCUGCAUUCCACUUCCAGUUCAAGAUCCAGCGGCACGAGCAAGUGGUAAACGGAAGGGUUUUUCACCAUAUACUCAAACAAGAACCAAACAAGCGCUCCAUCUCCGCUCCACCGCUUGUCACGACACGAGGAAAAGAAAGGACGAGUGAAAGCGAAAUGAAGCGAACCAAAUAAGUAAAACGGUUAACCGAAAUCUCUUGCGAAAGUGCUGUUGCUGUUGUUGUUGCAGGCAACGGAUAAGAAUAGGUUUUAUGGAAGCGAUUACCAAAACUAAAAUGUACAAACCACGCAUGAGUAUUACCAGACACGUCGAACGCAUUGCGUUAAUGAUUCGUAUUUCAAUCAGUUAGAGUUUGAAAAACCAAACCAAAGCAGAGUAUUGUUUACAUGAGAAAAUGUGUGACUAUCGGGGUUUAUUUUGCGACAGGCAACAGGCAUACUGAAAGGCAGAAUCUAGCUUUGGUCAAAGGCCAUUAGGUGCUUCAAUCAAGGAAAUAAUAAUCUCGAUUUCAUUUGAAUCUCAGUUAGAAAUGAAUGCUCAACGGAAGGGUGAGUUUCUUGAGGUGCGAGCUGCUCGAGUUAGCAAAUAUCUCCGAGCUCCGACCAUUACAAAAUACCAAACAUACAAUCCUAUAUUUGCCUGAGAGACUCAAAAAAGGGAGGAUACUGUUCCAUAGCGUAGCUCGCUCCUUGAGGCUGCAUGAAUUAUUAUUACAAAAAAAAACAGAAGGCUUGCAAAAACGCCAUGAUUGGCUGUAUUCGUGGCUGUACUAGUAACGUAUUAAUGAAGUUAUUUAUUUCGUUUCGUAUGUACCUCACCAGUAACUAGCUGACGAGUGUAAGGAGUGUCGUAAACUGUAAUUUAUUUGUCUGUAGUAUCAUAGCUAGAUUCGUUUCGAUUCUAUCUGCCAUAGUACAUCGUACGUUUUCCGUUCAACAGGGAACUAGUCGACAUCGACGACAGGGAUCGAGUUUCGUGCGGUUUUCGGUUUGGUAGAAAGUGUACUAGUCAUAUCGAGCAAAUCACUUGCCCACCUCUUCAUUCAUUCAUUCCGGGGGGAAUCUAAACGGCGUACUAGGUGCUUCAUGCUGACCGUUGUGUUGAAAUGUACCAUUCCGGGGAUAGCGCCCCAUUAAUAGGGCGGCACGAGUAAGCAGAUAAAGUAUAUUCAUAUUUGUUAGCUAAACCUGCGCCCGUUUCCCGUGAACGCACUGCUCGGGACAGCCGGUUACAAUAUUCUGCUUCGGACAAAACGGAAGGUGGUUAAAUCUUAUGAAAACACAAGUUUCAUGAUCAGUAUAACAAGACAAGACACCCCGACAUACACUGUACCGUAUUGAACAUAGAGAUAUUGUAAGCGUAGGCGAUUGGCGUUCGAGAUCGUGAUCGUUGUACGGGCUAGCAGCACGCACGCCCGAGCCCGAGUGUUUUGUAGUGGAUUUGGAUUUGGAUAUGAGUGCGCUUCCCCUCACCAACGGGUGGGGAAACACCCGCUCGUACCCGUUUGUUAGUGCAGCCACUUUGAAACAACCUAACUCGAAGGGCGGAGAGCGUAUUCUUAUACUAAUCAAUGGCAUGGAAGGGUGCGAAUGGUCGAAGGAUAGCAGGGCAACUUAUCGCUAAACGAAAUAAGCAUUGAUAAGAGAUAUUUAACGGACCGAUAAACCGCAGGAGCAACUGGACUAAGGAAGGGACAAAGGAAAGUAAUAAAACAACCAAACAACAGAGACGAACAAGAGACGAAAAUCAACCUAAAGGAAAAUAAGCGUAAUAAUGUGUGUUCUGUAGCUGAAAUAUAAAAGGAAACGUUGAAACAUGGAUGAAAUCAAACCAAAAUUAUGGAAAUAAAUGAAAAAAAAACAAACAUUUGAUAGCUGGAUAAAAGUCCGUUAAGACUUCAAUAUUUCAACCGCAGGGCCACAACCACAUCAUUCGAUGAACGCGUGGUACGAGGUAGGAAUAUUUUUCUUAUAGUUUGUUUUUUUUUUAAGAUGAAAUCUCCCUUGCCCAUUACACGACCUAAUUUACGAUUGAGUAACGAAAUAAAACCAUUGCUACCAUACCUUUCCCCCCCCCCCC